AUGGCGACGACAUCCUUCAAGGAUCGUAAUUUGCUUGCGGUCAUAGGUGAUGAGGACACCAUCACAGGCAUGCUGCUCGCGGGUAUUGGAAACAUAAGUCAAAAUCAGAAGAGAAACUUUCUCGUUGUGGACUCCAAAACACCUAUACCCCACAUUGAAAGCAUUUUCGAGGAAUUCACGGAACGGAAAGAUAUCGCUAUCUUGUUAAUUAACCAGCAUAUUGCUGAGAAGAUAAGGCCUACAGUAGACAAGUACGAGCGAGCAUUCCCAGCACUACUGGAGAUUCCAUCCAAAGACCAUCCAUAUGAUCCAGCGAAAGAUUCGGUGCUGAAGCGUGUACAGAAGUUGUUUGGAGAGUGA